AUAUAAAAAAAAAUUUUUUUUUUAGAAGAACAGAAAAAAGUCUUAUAUUUACGAAAAUCCAUUCCAUAAAAAUUUAUCCUUUCUUUUUUCAUUGCUUAUCUAAAUUUUCCCUUCCUCCUUACCUUAUCUUGAUACCCUCCCUAUCUGUUGUACACCCAACCACACACGCUCUCUCUCUCUUAAUCCAUUUGUUUAUAUAAUGUCAGUAGACAUUGACUGGAGUAAACUGGAUGCUGAAUUGGCUAAUCACGUAAAACAAUUUUUAAACAAGCAUUUCCAAGCUAUAACAAAACCUUCUUUUAUCGGUGAUGUUGAAGUCACUGAUUUUCAGUGGGGGUCAGAAGCGCCUCAAUUAGAAAUUAUAAACAUUACUGAUCCUUUCCCCGAAUUUUAUGAACAAGUUGAGACUGAUGAUACAAAUGUAUCCCAUGUUGUAGAUAAGGAACCUAAUGAUAAUACUAAUAAUAAUAAUAAUAAUAACUUGGUAAUGUCAAGUCAGACAUCGACAUCAAACAUGUCUCUUCAAUCACCAACCAUGGCACCCACUGAAUACUUUUCUGAGGAUAGCUAUAGUAAUAUAAAUCGAUUCAGUCCACAAUUAUCUCAACAACAACGUUUCAACUUUAUGCAUUCUUUUCAUCGUUCACCCUUUGUUGCCCCUCAACAUCCAUUCAACACUCAAUCCCCAAGCUUUUACUUUUCUUCCUCCCUUGUGAUGCCUACAAGUUCGCCCAUUUGGGAUUCAGUGAAUGAAGAGGACUGGAUUGAUGAUGAAGAUAUUAAUCAUGUCUCUAAUUCAUCCACUUCAGUAAGUCAACAUAUCCCGAGUCCUAGCAAAACAGAAAUGGACUUUCAAGUUCACAUGUUGAUUUCUUAUAAGGGAGAUAUGAGCUUGACUGUGAUGACAGAAUUAAGAAUGAAUUAUCCUAGUAUGAUGUUUAUGAGUUUACCCAUAAACUUGCGUGUUUGUUCAAUUGAAUUUGAGGCAACAGCUGUGGUUGCUUACAUACAAAGUAUGAGUAGAGUUUGUGUUUCUAUGUUGGAACCUGAAGAAAAUACAUUACCCAUAAAUAGUCGAGGAAAAGACGUUGGCAUGGACAGUUUAUUACGAAAUGUACAAAUUGAGACUAUAGUAGGAGAUGAACAGAAACAAGUGCUAAAAAAUGUGGGGAAAAUUGAGAAAUUUGUUGUGGAUCAAUUACGGAAAAUCUUGGAUGAUGAACUUGUUUUUCCCAGUUAUCAGCUAAUUCAAUUGAACUAGACGAACUUAAAUUUCAUAUAAUUGUAUUAUUAUUAUAGAAUAGAAUUUCAUACUGCCAUAUAAAUAAAUAUUCUCUUUUUUUUUUUUUAUUUAUUUAUUGCUUCUAAUUUGUUAAGCCUGAAUGACGAAGUAAAGGGGUUAUAUCUACAUUAGGUCGACCUCUGAACUUCUCCCAUACUUCAUUAGGUGCAGUACCACCUCC